AUGAAUGCUAUUUAUAUCUGCCUUUUAUCGAGCCAAUUAAUAACCGUAUCUUUGAACACAUAUCGACAACAGACCAAUUUCUUCUUUGAGUUUUCUGGACGCAGAAUCAUCAGAAAGGCAAAAUGUAGCCUCACUCUCGCUCUCUCUCUCUCUCUCUUUCUUUCCCCCUCUCUCUUUCUCUCUCUAUUUGUAUUCUCUCUGUCUCUCUCUCUCUCUCACUUUCUCUUUCUAUUUGUAUUAAUUCUCUCUCUCUCUCUUUCUCCCUCUCUCUCUCUAUUUCUUUCUUUCUCUCUCUGUUUGUAUUACUUCUCUCUCUUUCUCUCUCUAUUUGUAUUAAUUCUCUCUGUCUCUCUCGCACCUUCUCCCUCUAUUUGCAUUAAUUCUCUUUCUCUUUCUCCCUUUCUCUCUUUCUCUCUUUCUCUCUCUGUAUUAAUUCUCUCUGUUUCUCUCUCUAUUUGUAUUAAUUCUCUCUGUCUCUCGCAACUUCUCCCUCUAUUUGUAUUAAUUCUCUCUCUUUCUCCCUCUCUCUCUCUCUCUAUUUUUUCUUUCUCUCUCUUUCUCUCUCUGUUUGUAUUACUUCUCUCUCUUUCUCCCUCUAUUUGUAUUAAUUCUCUCUCUCUUUGUAUCUCUCUCUCUCUCUGUUUCUUUCUUUCUCUCUCUGUUUGUAUUACUUCUCUCUGUCUCUCUCGCACCUUCUCCCUCUAUUUAACAAAAAACCUCUACAUCAAAAUUCCUGUCCAUUCUAUUUUUAUUCUCUCUCUCUCUCUCUCUCUCUCUCUCUCUCUCUCUCUCCCCAGUUCUCUCACUUUUCGACAUGCGCAAUUCCCCACAGCGGAAGUAAUAAAGCGCCGCGGGAUUUGGCGCCAACAACAUGUCAACACCAGUAACCCUUCACCUUCAAUUGGCCACAAAUGCAAGCUCGGAACGCCCAACAAAAAGAACAAUUCAUUAUUCUUCUGGGGCUUUUUUGUUUGUUUCUUUUUUGUUUUGUUUUUUUGGAAACGGUUUUCCUUUCUCUCUCUCUCUCUCUCUCUCUCUCUCUCUCUCUCUCUCUCUCUCUCUCUCUCUCUCUCUCAUUCUUUGAUUAUGUUUCUUUUCAUUAUAAGUUUUUUCUUUCUAGAGCAAACCAUUUUUUUUAUAUGA